GACGUUCCAGAAUAUAAGUUCCAGUUGGAAUCAUGGAUCUCGUGAACUUUUUCUUUGCUUUCAUAUUAUCAAUCAGUACACCAUCCCUUUGUUUGGGAUCAAUAAGUUCAUUACGACUUUGUGUCGUUGAAAAUAUGGUGGGAACCAAUCGAGGGAUGCUUGCUUUCCGAACUGUUGUUUCUAACCCGGUGUCUGUGCAGGUGAGCUACGGGAAUUCAGAGUCUUCCUCAGCCCGAUGGAGCCCGUGGAAUACACUUGGCGCGCCGCUGGCAAGCCCUCCGCUGUCCAAUCCGGUGUGUGUACAUAAGGAACUGAAUCAAACUCAGAUCUUUGUGCAAGCCUCCAACGGACAGGUGUAUAGUGCAGUGCAAGAUGCCGGGUCAUUCUUAAAGUUUUCUGCCUGGAAGAAGGUCGGUUCAAACACAAUCCCAGUCACUCCAUCAAAGCGAUCUGUUCUUGUCGAUUCCGUAUCGGCACACUGGUAUGGCAAGGAGCUGAUGGUGUUCGCUCGUUCAAUCAGCUCCAACGAAUCACAGUUAUAUUGGUGUAAAGGUAAUGCAACCAGCUUUGGUCAGUGGAAUCGUCUCGGCGGUGGUAGCGCCAUCCUGGGUUCAGACAUGACCAUCAUAAAGAACCCUUACAGCACCAAGUACGAAGCUUUCAUGAUAUCCUCCAAUGGCGAGAUGCACAGGACAUGGCAACAUGAUGCCAAGAGCUUCGCAGACUGGACAGCAAUGGACUUUGCGCCCACAUUCUCCACCAUUUCAAGACCAUCUGCUGAGGUGAUGGGCUACAGCAUCUUCAAUGGCAAACUAAUGGUCGGAGGGGUAGGCAAGGAUAAUUACAUCCAUAGAUGCUCUCAAACUACCUGUGACGGAGUGGACAAUCCCUGGGGCUACUGUACGUGGGGAUACUGGUACAAAACUGGAGGGAAGAUCCCAUUCACCCAAGGGGUGAAUAACAAUUUUGCCAUGAGCAGGAAUGUACACUUUGGUGUUGAGUUGUUUGGAGUUCAAGAGGAAAGUGGACAGUUAUGGCAGGCAUGGCAGCUGGACAGAGAUGCGUCCUGGAAUACCUGGAGUAAGGUCCCGCAGGACCUAGCGAGGGCAGCCUUUACCAACAACCCAUACAUCACCGUCAACAAGGGAGGCUGGUGGAUGGCUUACGGACUUAACGCCACUGACCAGGUCGUAGUGAUGGAGCCAGCACGAUCUCUCAACGUCACACCGGAGACUGUCGCCUGGGCCAAGAACCUGUCCGUUUCCUGGUCUGUGGCUGUGGACGAAGCCACCCACAUGGACUGGGUGGCUAUCUUUCCUUCUGGAGCAAACAAUGAUGAAUAUGUGGAUUACAGGUAUGUUCAAGGAGGCCUCAAUCCUGGUAAGAAUUCAGUGAGAGCUGGAAGUGUAUCAAUGGCUUCAUAUCUACCCAAUGGCUCGUAUCAAGCCAGGUACCUUGUCAACAGGAAGUACGUCAGCAUCAUCGAAGAGUAUGUGACCUACUACAACGAAUCCCAUGAAAGUGAAUUAUUGCAGCUUUACCAGGGCGUGUUCACCGGACUGGGUGUGUUCAACAAAGGCAUAGCAGAAUGUGUCAAUGAUAGCCUUCUCACGGUGGACAAGUUUCAAGCGGCUUUCGAUGCCUUUGAAAGUGCUGAGGUCUACGAAGGUCUGACACUCCUGGGAACAGCCUUACAAGACGUCGCCCUGACCCUGAGGCAAUGCGAGGAGAUCUACAUCGCAGAGCAGCUGGAGAAGUUCAUCAAGGACCUCGUGGAGUGCACAGAGACCGACUGCACCGACUUUGUCGUCGACGUCCUGGAGGAGAUCGUCAUCCUCUACGAGAACGAGUACGAAAUCUACGGAGACAUCAAGGGCGCCACCAACAGCUUCAACCUCCUUGAGGCAUACCAGCAGGGAGGGCUGUGCAUCGGACGGCUGGUCAAGGCAUGUCUUGGGAUAGUGCCAUCGGGAAUGGACGAUGACAGGAGAAAUGAUGUGAGGAGAAACGGAAAACUCAGGUGGACUAAACUGGACAAGAGUAUGAAGGUAUCGGUAGUACAUGUGUGAGGUUAUGGUUUGAUAUGGC